GCUUCCUAGCACUCAUCCUUUAAAAAAUCGAGGGAUUAUGAUGCUAGAGACUGGGAAGAUAAGUGUCGUAAGCUCACGUGUCGCUGAGAUCCGGUCCACCGAACGAACAAAAAUCUCCGCUGCGUCUCUACAUGAGUUGAUGGAACAUACGCUCAAAGAAUUCAUACGCAAAGAGGCAAGCCGAAAGAGAUCUUUAUUAGGUGCUGAUGAAUGCCUUGGGCUUUCUACAUCACCUAUCCAUACAUCUCGCCCGUUCCCCAAAUGGAUUGGCUCUCUGCGCGGGAAAGCAUUGGUUCUGAGCAGGACACAAUUAUAUUGUGGUUUGGGGAGACACGAGUGGGUUUAUGUUCAGGUGAAAACUUCGGAAACGGAUUUGAAGCUGUGCUUUAGCGUAUGUGCUACUAUGUGGGGUUGAGCGCCCCGAGAAAGAUAAGAAGCCAUGAUGCCACCGCGAGAAGACCAGCAAAUUUAUUGAUCUGAUCUACAUUGCUUGUUCUACCUACCCUGUUUCAUCACUUCCCAAAUCCAAGCACGGUCCGGCAUGACGGAUGUUGCAAUUGCGCCAGCUGUGGCUCCAAGCCCUCAACAGGACAAGUUCAUGAGCCCCCGGAAACCUCUCCCACAGUCUCUCAUUGAAGGUGCUCAGAUACCAGACCGGACACCAUUUUAUGCAGAAAAGCAUGUCAAUUUUAAGUUUCCCAAAAGGAUAAUCACGAUGAAGGAAAUCGGACUGGAAGGCGCGGGCAUCACGUCCACGGCCAUCUCGGAGCCAUUCACACUUUUCACCGAAGAGGCAAUUAAGCAGAUGAGAGCCGAGAUAUUCAGCCGGCAAGUGCUGGAGAAGUAUCAAGUUGGUUCGGACCUGGCAGCCAAUAUGAUUCGAGGUUACUGCCCAGAGAAGUCCUCAUUUAUCUACGACGCGUGGAACAGCCCUGCAGUUUUGGGAGCACUCUCGCAAAUAGCUGGAAUCGAGCUGGUUCCUGCUAUGGAUGUAGAUAUUGGACAUGUCAAUAUCUCAGUUCGUGAUGACGCUGCAACCGCCAGUGUACCCGGCAGGGAUGCAGAUGAUAAGCCUGCUUUUGAGUGGCAUUCUGACAGCUACGCAUUCGUCUGCGUCACCAUGCUAUCAGAUUGUGCCGGAAUGAUCGGUGGCGAGACGGCUAUUCGGACAGGCACCGGCGAAGUUUUAAAAUUCCGUGGACCUGCCAUGGGCACGGCUGUCAUUAUGCAAGGUCGUUAUAUUGAGCAUCAAGCUCUCAAGGCCUUUGGCGGUCGGGAACGUAUCAGCAUGGUCACAUCGUUAAGGCCUAAAUCGCCCUUUGUUCGCGAUGAGACCAUCAUCAGACCUCUGUUGCCAAUAACUCCCAAGAGGACUCUUUACUAUCAGUAUGUGGAGUAUCGGCUAGAGAACUUGGAGGAGCGGGUGCGUCAUCAGUUGAAGGUAAUGCGGCAGCAUAAGAAGGCAGGUCGUGACUUUGACGUUGCCUCGGCACGCGAGUUUCUGUUAGAAGAGAGAGAGUUCAUUGAUGCUAUGUUAGAAGAACUGGGGGAUUCAUAAACUGUCAAACAGUCAAAAUGAUCAGUUCACGCUUGUUACGAUAUAAUUUACUGGGCACUCAUCGAAAUGCUAUUUUCGUCUUCAGUGCAGAACUCAGUCCAACAGAGUAUAUAGUCAUCAAAGGCUACAUUAAAUCUUUUCAUGUCCUUUCAAGUGCCUCACAGCCUCAGACUAGUAAAUAUCUUACAUAUAAUGCCUCUAUUCUGGACAUGCAAACACAU